CUCGUACACAGUCCACGGUAUCGAGAAGGGGUUGAUUUCGUGCGACUUGACUUCCUGCCCCGACGGGGAUGAGUGCACUACACAACGCGAUAAAGCCAUUCGGCGUAUAUAAGUCCGGCGAGGCACGAAAAUAAUAAAACUCCGAUAUGUGCUCACAUAUGUGUGUAUAUAACUCAGGGUUGUAAGUAUCGCGUCGGUAUGUAGAAGGGAAAAAAAAGAGAACGAAAAUUAAAAAGAGCGACAGAGAGAGAGAGAGAGAGAGAGAGAGGAGCUUUCGUUCGAUAAUUGUGAUGCUAGGCGCGGUGCGCGUUUUUCAAAUACGUUUCUCAUACCGCAUCGUACCACCGCAUUAUAAACAUGGGGCCAUAUACUCUCGUUCGCCGGAUGCGCGACGCCAUGUAUGUUGCACAUGAAGAAAUAUAGUAUAAUAACAAUAACGGAAAGAGGAAAUUUUUAUUUUUUUAUUUCUCUUUCCUCAAAAAGGCAGCUUCCAGUUUUCAUUUCGUGAUGGAACUCUGCAACUUAUCGACUCGAAAUCAUCCAAUUCUCCUCGUCGAAUCGAACGAGCAAACGUACCAUAAUUAUAUCAAGUCCGACACUUCGGGUUACACGGAGAAUGACGCGUAUAGCCCAUAUGGGACAUAUGUAUACCUAUACCAGUGGCGCCCGCAUUGGAUCUUUCUAUACCUAUACAUACGUAUAGCGUCAACGUAACGAAUUAACUCCCUUAAUUGAUAGCGUCGCGUUCACGAUGAAUGAACGAACGAACGAACGAAUGAAUGAAUAAUAGGUUUGUUGUGUCAUUUUUUACACCCGUUGCACGCGCCGUACAAGCUUACACUCCAAGUAGUUCACAGCGUACACACAUUUAUCCGACAAUCAGAAGAUGCAUCCGAACCGCACGUGCAUCUACACCUUGAUGAUUUUAUAAUUUUUACGUGAAUUGAUGAAAUGUCGGUGUAUACAUGGAAAUAUUAUACGUGUCUCUCGAAUACAAUAGAUCCAACCGCGUGCUCCGCGCGUUAUUAUAAUAUACAACAAUAAUGAGCGGAUAAGAUAAGAGUUGCAGCUCCGACAUGAUGUGUAUAUACAUAUGUAUAUAUCACUUGACGUAUAUAUAUAUAUAUAUACUUAUGUGAUGUGAGAGCAUACAUCGGACAGGAAACAUACAUAGAGAUUGAAAGAGGCGAUCUACCACCAGUCUAAUGGAAUUGGUUUUGCUAAGGCGCGGCAGGCAGGCGUACAAUUGCGGACAUACCGGCGGGCGUAGAUUCCGGGCUGUUUAAACACAGGACGGAAAGAUGGUGUCUCGGAUCCGACCGAUAAAGAUCACAGCGGUCGGCGACGGUAUGGUCGGCAAGACGUGCAUGCUGAUCACAUACACGACCAAGAAAUUCCCGACGGAAUACGUACCAACAGUGUUCGAUAAUUAUGCGGACAACAUAUGCGUCGACGGACAGGAGUUCAAUAUGACACUGUGGGAUACAGCUGGUCAGGAGGAUUACGAAAGGCUAAGACCACUGUCUUACCCAAACACGGACUGUUUUCUCCUCUGCUUUUCCAUUAGCGCUCGGAGUUCAUACGAAAACGUUGCCAGUAAAUGGCAUCCGGAAAUCAAACAUCAUUGUCCAAAUAUACCGAUUGUCUUGGUCGGAACGAAGGGUGACCUCAGAAACAAGGAGGAUAUGGACGUUAUUACUCCAUCGGAGUGCAAAAAGAUGAAGAAAAAAAUCAAAGCUUUCAAGUACGUCGAAUGUUCAGCUGUACAGCAAGAGGGACUCGAGGAGGUUUUCGUUGAGGCGAUAAGAGGUGUCCUCAAAAAACCUUCGCAAAAAAGGCUUUGCGGAAUUCUUUGAAUUUCGAUAUUACGCGAUACAUUUGCACAAAGAUCGUUUUCACGUUUUUACAUUUAUAGAACCGCACACGUCGAAGAGAAGCUUUAACCCUUGAACUAUGGCUGCCGCCAACAGAUCGCGGAACGAAAUAUAUUCCAGUAGCUAGAGGGUUGAUUGGAUGGUAUUAAGCAAUAUCAUCUAACUAAAAUUUUUUAAGGAACCGUGCGAUCGAUAUAUUUUAUGAUGUGGGUUGCGCUUCACAUUUUUGCAAUAGUUUAAAA